CCCGCGUCCCCCAAAUAGAGUCUCUGGGAGGCGAAAGAUCAUGGACAAAAUCGAGCAAUCUCCGAAAAGUGACUGAAGAUGUAUAUUGCAUACGCUUCUCUUAAUGCUGAGGCAUGCGAACGUCCUUCUUCCUGAACUGGGUACCAGGUUGCGACACCUGCUCUUCACAUCGACGCACUCAUUCACCUCCCUUACCUGCUCCGUUCAAGAAGAUCAUGGGGUCAUCGCAGCCAUUGCCCGAGGAGAAGGAUUGGAAGCACGGGCGGCACUUGAUUCGUCGAUGGCAGCUCAAAGGCUCCAAUCCCAUACCAGACCGUGCGGGUAUGAUUUGGUUCGGCUCAUUCGCGCCGCGACAUCGCGAGGCUCCGAAUCACAUGGCCUGCAGCUUCAGAGUCACGCUCUGAAACGUGGGUUUGGCUCCGAUGUCUUCGUGAUGACCGCCCUGAUGAGCUUCUACGUGGAAAAGGGCUCGUUGCGCGGCGCCCACAACCUGUUCGACGAAAUUCCCGAGCCGACCGUAGUUUCUUGGAAUACAUUGAUUUCUGGGUAUCUGCGCUUCGGGCUGUUUCGGAAAGCUUUGAGCUUGUUUGUUCAGCUGAACAAGUCUGAAACUUGCGUUGGCGAUGCGUUCUCCAUGACGGCUGCAUUGGCUGCGUGCGGUCGGUCCAGCCUGUUGCAGCUCGGAAGGUCCAUCCACUCCAAGAUCGUAAAAGUUGGAAUGCGGUGCAGCGUCUUCAUUUCUAAUUGCUUGAUCGACAUGUAUGGUAAAUGCGGGUGCGUUCAAGAGGCGGUUCGUGUGUUUGGAGCAAUGUGUUGUAAGGAUACUAUUUCGUGGAAUUCAGUUCUGUCAGCUUGCGCUAGAAACCAAAACCUCGAAGAGGCAUUGAGUUUUUUGCAGGAGAUGCCCAAUCCUGAUGCAAUCUCGUACAAUGAGGUAAUUAAUGGUUUUGCCCAGUUCGGAAACAUGGAAGAUGCUGUACAGAUCCUUUUGCACAUGCCGAAACCAAAUUCAUCUUCGUGGAAUUCAAUAGUAACUGGUUAUGUGAACCGAAAUCGUUCGCGAGAAGCUCUUGAUUUCUUUACGAGAAUGCACUCAGAAGGCAUGGAGAUGGAUCAAUUCACAUUUUCAAGCAUUCUGAGUGGAAUUGGAUCUUCGGCAGCACUGAGUUGGGGAAUUGCAAUACACUGCUGCACGAUGAAGUGCGGUCUCGACUUAUCUGUGGUUGUUGGCAGUGCCCUUGUCGACAUGUACUCAAAGUGCGGCCGAGUGGAAGAUGCGGAAUCGAUGUUCGACUCUCUACCUCAGAGGAACUUGAUAACAUGGAAUGCAAUGAUAUCUGGUUUUGCCCACAAUGGUUACUUUGCCAAGGUAGUUCACUACUUCGAGCAACUUCUUAUCGAUGGUAUAGAACCAGAUGAGAUCACAUUUCUCAAUGUCUUAUCCGCGUUUUCCCAUGGCGGAGUGCCAUCUGACCUCGGAAUGAAGCACUUGGAAUCAAUGAUCGAUGACUACUGGAUUCAUCCGACGGCCGAGCACGUCUGUUCAAUCAUAAGGUUAAUUGGGCAAAGAGGAGAAGUUCAGAGGGCGGGAACGAUGAUUCACAAACUCGGGUUCGGCACAUGGGCCCCAGUUUGGAGGGCUUUACUCGGCGCAUGCGGGUCUUGUCGGGACUUGGAGAUUGCGAGAAUUGCAGCUGCGAAGCUGAUCCAAUUGGAAGGCGAGGGAGACUACAUUUAUGUCGCGAUGUCCAACGUGUACGCGUCUCAUGGGAAAUGGAGCGAAGCGGGUGCGGUCAGGGAGCUGAUGAGUGCGAGAGGUGUGAGGAAAGGAGCUGGCUUUAGUUGGAUACAAGUGAAGAACGUUGUCACAAAUUCACACGUGGCUUAGGCAAAGACUCGCAGAUGGUGCAGGCGAAACCAGAGGCGAUCAUGGGCUGGCGAUCCGCGAAGGGCAAUGGGGGCAGAUCUGAAUAAGCAAAUUCUUUCUUUAGUCUGCCCAACUCCGUCCAAGCCCAAUCAAUUCAUAGAAAAAUCUGAUUUUUUUCAAUGAACAAGAACUUUUAGAUCAGCUACUAUGCCAAGUUCGUGCUGAAGUUUGCAUAGAACCACCUGAACGAAACAGAAAACAUCAACUACCGAAGAACAAAAACCCGCUAUUUAGAAUACCAAUGAGAGAGAAUUUCUGUCACGCCCUUUUCUUUUGUGAAUCGACGUGUGCCAAUGAAGUUCUUUCUGGCUGAACUGUGAGUAUCAGUAAAGUUGAACAGUAUGUACAAUUGCUGGCGUUUCUCUUUAAA